AUGACGAAACUCGGCGAUGCAGGGAUCAAGGCUCUUCGCAGCCGGCUGGAUACAGCCUCAGUAUUGACCCCGGACUCGGAUGGUUAUCAGGAAAGCCUGACUCGGUGGUCGGACACUGGCAUAAAACCCGCGGGUGUCGUUGUUCAGCCAGUUGAUCCAGCCGAUAUCAGUAUCGCAUUGUUGUGGGCACAGGAGCAUGACAUUGAAGUCGCCGUGAAGGGGGGCGGUCAUUCCACGGCUGGUACCAGUUCCAGUGACGGAGGUCUGGUCAUUGACCUGUCGCGUAUGACUCAAGUCACAAUUGACUUCUCCAGUAAGACAAUUACUGCCCAGGGCGGCGCGACAUGGAAGGAAGUUGACGAAGCGGGUGCGGCCCAUGGACUGGCAACGGUCGGGGGAACUGUGAAUCACACGGGAGUUGGUGGACUGACUCUCGGAGGUGGAUAUGGGUGGCUGAGUGGGCAGUACGGUCUCACAAUUGACAAUCUUCUCUCUGCGCGGGUUGUGCUGGCUGAUGGGACGCUUGUGACAGCAUCCAAAUCCGACCACCCUGAGCUGUUUUGGGGUUUACGCGGGGCGGGCUACAACUUUGGUGUUGUCGUUGAUUUCACCUACCAAGCGUAUAACCAAGCAGAAAUGGUAUUUUCGGGAGUUUUGGGAUUUACUCCUGAUAAGCUCGAACGGGUGUUCGAGCAACUCAAUACCAGCCUCGCAAAUCCUGACUCCCGUUCCGGGGCCAUGUGUUUCCUCACCCAUGCUCCAGAUGGAUCAGGUCCGGUCAUCGUCGUGAUUUGUUUCUACAAUGGCAGCCGUGAAGAGGGCUUGGCACGGUUUACUGGACUCAUCAACCUGGGCCCUGCCAUUAACGCUUUGGAUACGAUGCCCUAUUCUAUGGUGAACACCCUCCAGAACCCUCAAGCCACAUACGGGGACCGGAAAUCUUUCAAAGGAAUCUUCUAUGAGCCACCGAUGGACCUGAGCUUUGUACGGACCGUAUUUGAAGACUUCGUGGCCAAGAUCCAGAGCGACAGCGACUUGAUGAAAUCUGCUAUCAUUCUUGAAUUCAUGGACAUGCGCAAAAUUUGCGAAAUUCCCUCUUCAGCAACUGCGCUAGCAAGCCGCAACACAACUCAGAACGGAAUCAUCUGCCUUCGAUGGACCGAUGAGACGAAAGACAAAGAACAUCGCGCUUGGGCGCGUCAGAUCCAAGCCAAAUGGAAGACUGAAUUGGACGCGAAGACUAAGGGUCGCCAGGCAGAAGUACCACAAUAUAUCAACUAUGCCGAGCCUGGAGACUCGGUGGUUUCAAAUAUUUACGGCGAGAAUCUCCAGCGUUUACAAACAGUCAAAGCCACGUACGACCCGAAGAACGUGUUCCAUAAGAUGCACCCUCUAUCCACAGCUUCAGCUUAG